UCUUCGGUGGGCGAUGCCACUUGCUGGUUUCCGGAAUGCGGAUGAAAGUUUCCUGAGCGACUAAACAGUUAAUUGGCGGCAGUUACAUCAACAGUUAUGUGUGUAUAAACUUUGGCGCUUUCACAAUGAAUCCGCUUCGUGUACUCAGGGGUAAAUUUAAGUAUACAGUACAGUAAAAUGAUAACAAAUGAUAAGUCCUCUCUGGCCAUGGUCAUGGAGGAAAGCUUCCGUAAGGUCUGAAAACUUCCUUCUAGACUUACUUAUUUGUUUUUCAACGAUUAUACAGACUUUAAACAUGGUUUAAUGAUUAUUAAAGAAGUAUGUAGUAGUUUAGUUGAUGUUGGCAGCUUGUAUUUGACUGUCACUAUAAUAUAGACAACAUAUUUUUGUUUGUUGAUAAACAAUUCCCGAAGUUAGUAAAUCUAAUAAACGAAAAUGGGGGAUAAUUCAGAUCAUGAUGGGUCCGACGAGGAAGAUUACAUUGGUUUCGGGUUUGCCACGAGGAAACUUGCAGCGUUGUAUGACUAUACAUAUGUAGAUGACUCCGGCAAAACAGUACAUAUGACUAAAGGAGAGGAGUAUCACUUGUUGGAAAAGUCAAAUGAUUGGUGGGAGGUUUUUAGAGCCGGAGACUCUACCGAUCUUUCAUUUUAUGUCCCUGCAAAUUAUGUCAAGUUCGUAGAUGAUAGUGAAAGUAAGGCUAAAACCAAACAGACAAGUGAUUCAGAUUUUGAAGGGGAUCCAGGAAGUGAAAUGAGUUCACUUGGUCUUGACACACGUAGUAUAUCUCCAUCUCUUAAAAAUGGCGUGAGUAAUGCAGACGAUACUGAAGGAAAUCACAAACCGGACAAAGCAAUGGAUAUAUAUGCCAACAGUAAUGUUAGUACUUUUAUGACAAACAACAAUGUAGAUGUUUCAUCGAAGAAUGGCAGUAUAACAGUACGGCCUGGUAUGUACCGUAGGAGUUUAUCCACUGAUGAUGGAGGGGAUUAUAUGAACUUAGAAACAUUACGAGAACAAGCAGGUUUACCAUCAGCACCCAGGCCACCUCUUCAAGAUGGGGAAAGUAUUUAUGCAAAUGUCCAGGAGUUAAACAUCGAACCACAAGUCAAGUUUACCCUGACAGCUCCAUCUCAAUCACCGCCUGUUUCACCAGAAGAACCUCCUAUUCCUGAUGAAAAGAACUGUCCCUUUUUAAGGACACUACUCAAUGUCUGGGAAAUGUACCUCGACCCCAUCACAAAGCGUAGCUUCUAUAUCAACAAGGAAACUAACGAAAAGACAUGGAAACCCCCACGAUAUCCAAAAAAGUCUAGGAGUGUGCGAGACACUGCCUCAUCUCACUACAAUUCGCAGCUACGGGAAAAAGUAGAACUCCCAAAGUCGGCUCCGGUGAGUGUGCGUGUGGAAAGGUCCUCCAUUCCAGAUGGUUGGACUGUAGAAACCACAGAGGGGAAUCAAUACUUCAUCAACAAACGAACCCAGGAAAAGUGGGGUACACAUACAGACGAAAACGGCAAGCCCUACUUCUACAAACUAGACACCGGCGAAACGGCAUGGCAACUACCAGAGGUUACUAAGUUGUUAACCUCGAAUGGAGACCCUACCAGUGCCAACAUUCCACGCUCCAGAUCUCCUCAGAGGAUAGCUCCUCAAAACCCACGAUCGGUUAAGACACAGUCUAUGUACUUGGAAUCACACCUCAACUUCGGGAGCUUCCAAGGCCAACUCCCCGGGGGUCUCAUGUCCAAGUCCUCCACGCUUCCAGUGAACCCCUCCUCGGUGCCCGAGGUCGGGGGUCUACCCAAGUCUCAGACCCUGCCCUAUAACCUACAGGGACUAACGCCUGGUAACGCCCCUCACCUUGCCUCCAACCAUUGGAUCUUUCAAAUGGAACUUGAAAAGAAAGUAUUUCAUCCUGGGACGUCCAAUCAAGGGCAGGAAAAGAUCUGUGGAAUGCUCAAGAAGAGGAUGAUUGUGGAGUUAGGAAAGCAGGUCAAGAAAAGCUUCAGUCCGUCGUUUGUAAAACUGUUGGGGACCAACCUGGUGUUUUACAAGAACCGCCAGGCAUCAACACAGCAGGGCUCCAAGCAUGGCAAGCCAGAGUUUAUGGAGCCCCUGCAGGGAGCACACAUCGACAAGUACCCCCAUAAACGUCACCUCAACGUCCUGGUGCUGUCGACCUGUAACAAGAACCAGUACCAGCUACAGCUGGAGGAUGAGAUCGACAUGCAGAAAUGGUUGUCUACACUUGAACUCACCAUCAAAGAACUGGGUCCAUGUAUGGUUGACCAGCAGCUGUUAGUGCUGCCAGGAAACUCAGACAGUCUGAAGAAAACACCAUCUUUUAAGCAGAAAAAUCGUAAGCCAUCGGAGAAAGAAGAAACACCAGAGGAGGAAAAAUCCAGGUUCAAAUCAAUAUUCGAGAGGUGGAUGAAAGACCCCCAGAGACCUACCAAGAAACAGCUGGAGGACAAAGGCAUAAUAGAGUAUAAUGUGUUUGGUGGUUCUCUGAAGCAGGUUUGUGAGAAGGACAAGGCUAAGGUCCCUAAGUUUGUACAGCGGUGUAUAGCAGCUAUAGAAAAACGAGGUCUGGACCAAGACGGAUUGUACAGGAUCAGUGGUAACAUGGCCCAGAUCACCAAGCUACGGUCAAUGACAAACAUGGAUCUGUUGGCGUUGAUGGGCGAGUCCACUGACAAGUUCGACUAUGACCUGGACAACCCGGAUCUGUGGGACAUACAUGUGUUAGCCGGAGCCCUGAAGUUGUUCUUCCGAGAGCUGAAGGAGCCCCUGUUUGCCUUAGCUCAGUUUGACAAGUUUAUAUUAGCCAUUGGCAAGAAGUCACGAUUAGAUAAACUGAAAGGUUUGAAAGAGCAGGUUAAUGCAUUGCCAAAGUAUAACUACGAGACACUCAAGUUUCUGUGUGGCCAUUUAAUAAGAGUUGCAGACAGGCAAAGUGUCAACAAGAUGUCGUUCCACAACCUAGCUAUAGUGUAUGGGCCAACUUUGAUGUGGAAGGAGAUGGACACCAACUUCAUGGCUCACAUGGUGCUGCAGAGCCAGAUCGUGGAGUUUGUCUUACUGGAAUAUAAAAACAUAUUUAAAUGAUUUAUAGAUACCGACCUGAUUUGAAAUUAUCACCUGUCAAUGGAACUCGUACUGGUGAAAUUUGGUAUUUUUUCCUGGAGUGCAAUUAUCAAGUAGAGUGAUCUCCCUUGGACUGUAGUUAGACUGUGAAGUGAGAUGUUUCCACUAACAACACUGAGUGACCGAUUAUGCUUUCUACAACAAGGAAUAACCUUGAAGCAACCUUGAAGUGAAUAUAUCUUUUGUUGGAUUAAAUUCUUAUCAACACCUACUACUUGGUGAUACGAGAUUUAGCUCACUGUCAUGAUUCUGUUAUAAGCUCUUGAACCUGUACAAACAGAAAUGGAUUUCUUCUAAUCAAAGAAGUGGAAAUAUAUUGAAGCAUAAUUUUUCAAAAGUUUUGAUGCCUUAAAUGUUAUUGCGAUUGUAAAAAGUCACAAGUAAGCCUGAUCAUGUGUUGGAGUGAAAAGACAGUUUCCAUUUGGCAAAGCAUUUCAGGAUGAGUGCGAUCAAGAUGGAAUUAGCCAGAGGAUAGAAUUAAAUCAUCGAGAAAUUAGUUAGUGUGACAAAUAUGAUGACAGUUGUAAGAUGAACGAAUCUUGCUGAUAUGUUGGACAGGAAAUGACAUCGUGUAGUACAUGUAUCGACCCUGUCAGCAUGGUAACACAUUGUACAGUGUUGUAUAAGACAGGUGAUUUACCCGUAACUAUAUUCAAUAGCAUUAAUAAUGAAACAGUCGACCUGCGAUGUCUUGUUUCAAGUUGACCAUUCCCUUAUUUAUUUUUAUGUCUUUCAUCUACAAAAGAAAUUUUGCAAAUAUGGCAUUUUCAAUUUUGUCUACAAAUCAAAGUUUUGCAUGUUUUUUUCUUCAUUCAUAGACACCUUAAUGAUAUAGA